AUGUCGUCCAAGCAAGAGUACGAAAUCCAAGAUUUGGAAAAACGCGGCGCCUCGCGGUUCGAGGUGUCGGAUGACGACUCGCAGCCGAUUGUGGAGUCGUCGGAGGCCACGAAGCUGUCGUUUGUGGACCGUGUAGCGGCCAAGAUGCGUGCGGAAACCAAGGGUAUCGAGCCCAUCACGGACGCGGAAAAGGACGACGACUCGAUUUUGAAUGCGGCCUCGAUGUGGUUUUCGGCGAACAUGGUGAUCGCGGCGUUCUCUCUGGGAACGCUGGGUCCUUUGAUUUUCGGAAUCAACUUUUGGGGUACUCUUUUGGCCAUUGUGCUGUUUUCCUUCCUCGGGGUGUUGCCCGUGGCUUUUUACUCGGUGUUCGGUCUUGAGCUUGGUCUCAGACAAAUGGUGUUGUCGCGUUUCCUACUGGGUAAUGUCACGGCCCGUGUGUUUGCCCUGAUUAACAUCGUGGCGUGUGUCGGUUGGGGUGCUGUGAACACCAUUGCCUCGGCUCAACUUCUGCACAUGGUCAACCCAAGCGGAGCGCAGUGUCCUCCCUGGGCCGGAUGCUUGAUCAUCGUGGUUUCCACCAUCCUGGUCACUUUCUUCGGGUACCGUGUGAUCCACGCUUACGAGAAGUAUUCAUGGAUUCCAAACUUCGCAGUUUUCCUAGUUAUCAUUGCCAGAUUGGCCAUUGACGGCUCCUUCACCGCUGGCCCUUGGUACCCUGGCAAGGACACUGCAGGUGGUAUUUUGUCCAUGGGAGGUGUCGUGUUCGGUUUUGCUGCCGGAUGGACCACUUACGCCGCUGAUUACACUGUCUACAUGCCCCGCAACACUAACCGUAUUAAGGUGUUCGCUGCCGUCAUGGCUGGAUUGAUGUUCCCACUAUGUUUCGCCAUCAUCCUAGGUGCUGCCGCCGGUUGCGCCGCCCUCAACAACGCUACAUACAUGCAAUACUACGACCAGGAAGGUGGGAGUGUUGGUGGUUUGGUGUUUGCCAUUCUUGUUCCAAACUCUGUCGGAGGUUUUGGUCAAUUCUGCUGUGUUUUGUUGGCCAUGUCUACUGUGGCUAACAACAUUCCUAACAUGUACUCCAUUGCCUUGGGUACUCAAGCAUUGUGGGAGCCUUUGGCCAAGAUUCCAAGAGUUUUCUGGACCAUUGCCGGUAACUUGGUUACUUUGGCCAUUGCCAUUCCAGCUUACUACAAGUUUUCCUCUUUUAUGUCCAACUUCAUGGAUGCCAUUGCCUACUACUUAGCCAUUUACAUUGGUAUCUCGUUGACCGAGCACUUUGUCUUCAGAAAGAACAAGUUUUCCAACUACCAUGUUGAGGACUGGGACAACUGGAGUGCCCUCCCCAUAGGUAUUGCCGGGUGCACUGCCCUGUUUGUCGGAUGCUUUGGUGUCGCUCUGGGUAUGGCUCAGACCUACUGGACUGGUGAAAUUGGCCGUUUGAUUGGUUUCUAUGGUGGUGACAUCGGUUUUGAGUUAGGCUUUGCCUUCUCGGUUAUCACUUACCUUGUCUUGAGGCCGGUUGAGUUGAAAUACAUGGGUCGCUAA